AUGAGAAGAAAAAACCAGUGCUCAUUUGGGUUGGUGGCGAAGUGUGCCAAGUUGAAUCACCGCCCUCAACAAGAAGCAGGAGGAGGAGAAGAAGAAGACUGGAUCGAUGUCGAAUUCGGGAAGCUUGUGCAGGAGAAAUGCAGAGAAAGGAAAGGAGUGGUGGAGUUGUUGGAGUGCCUUGAGGCUGAAGCAAUCAUGGGAGAUGAUCAGGGGAAGAACCCUACUGAUUACAAUCGCAGAGCCCAGAUCUUUGAUACGAGCUCCAGGGUUUUCCAGGCUCUCAAGCAACAAGAUACCACCACAGCUCCACCUCAAUCUCAAGGCUGA